AUGGCAGCGGCACGACCGCGCGGUCCAAUUGUCUCGUUGACAAAGGCAUCUUUACCAUCGGGCCAGACCCAGCUCCCUGGCCGAACCAUUCUCCUAGAGAAGCUGGAAUCAAACCACGCCAAAGACCUCUUCAAUCUCGUGGGUGGUGGUGAUCCUGCUCGCACGUGUCUAUGGGACUACAUGGGCGAUGGACCAUACCCCCAGCUAGAUUCAUUCGAGAAAGCCAUCGCUUCCAAGUCGGCUUCCCCGGAUCCCUUCUACUUCGCGAUCGUCGACAGGCGCAGUGCUAUGCCCACCUUCGGCAAGGCCAUUGGAUACCUGUCCCUCAUGCGCAUUGCCCCGAGCAAUUGUGCAUUGAGAUCGGCAAUGUGA